CACCCAAAAAAGACUGUUAAUUAUUUUUCUUCUCCUGUGGGUCACGAAGUAUUACCAAAGCCGGCCUCCCCUGAAAACUUUACCCAUUUAAGACCUGAAAACAGGCUACCAAAGAAAAAGCAAAAGAGAAAAAAGAAAAGAUUGCCAAAGAAGAAGAAGGAUUCAAGAAAAAGAAGGGUUUUUUGAAAAAAAAAAAAAAUGCAAAAUCAGAGGUCAAUUGAAACUCAACAGUCUCUGAUGCAAUCUGGGCAGAUUUCAGGAAGUUUGAGUUUCACUGGGAUUAUGACAAAAGAAGAGGAAGAAAUGUCGAAAUCUGCUCUAUUGACUUUUAGGGCUAAGGAGGAAGAGAUUGAGAAGAAGAAAAUGGAGGUUAAGGAGAGAGUUCAAGCACAAUUGGGUAGAAUUGAACAAGAAACAAGGCGUUUGGCUACGAUCAGGGAGGAACUCGACGCCCUAUCGGAUCCGAUGAGAAAGGAAGUUUCACUGGUUCGCAAGAAGAUCGACUCGGUCAACAAGGAGUUAAAACCACUUGGACAGACAUGCCAGAAGAAGGAGAGGGAGUACAAAGAAGCCCUUGAAGCUUUCAACGAAAAGAACAAAGAAAAAGUACAGCUGAUCACAAGAUUGAUGGAGCUGGUAAGUGAAAGCGAGAAAGCAAGAAUGAAGAGGUUGGAGGAGCUGAGCAAGAACUUGGAAACACCACGCAUAGCUAAUGUUGGUGAUUAAGUAGGUUUGUGGGAAAAAUUUGAGAAUGACACUUCUAUUUCCAUAUAAAUGUGGUUGUUUUCGGGUUUGGAUGUAAUAUGUGAUUUUCUUGUUAGUUCGUUCAGCUUUCGAUGGAAGUGUGUCUAAUUUUAGCUGGGGAAUUCUAUUGAUUGUAGAUUUUUAGUGCAUUGGAUGGAAGAAUGGCUUUAUGUAUACCCACAAAUGUUGACAGUUUUCUUGAUAUUAUAGUGUUUGUUCCAUGGAAA